AGAGUUUUUAUAUACCUUGGUAUCUUGGUUAGGCUGCCGUGGGAGAUCAAGAUUGGUUUGCAUAGGUCAAGAUAUUUAGAGGAAAUAAUUUUUUUUUUCGUUAGCUCACUCUGCAUAUUGAUUAAUGAUAUCAAUAUCACGUUAAAAUUUUUGACGAUUCAAAUAUAGCCAAAGUACCUAUCUACUUCCCCUGAACUGUGGACAGUUUCUAUUUACAGGCAAGGCUGACUGAGGAAGAUUUAAUUAAUUCGAUCAAUUCAAUCAAAGGGUAGUUAUCAUGAGUGUACCUGAGCCUGAGGUGGGUCAAGUCAUAGUGGUGGUUGAAGCUCCUUCAUCUUCAGCUGAUCAGGAAACCACAACAAGAAACACUCUGGUCAAGCCAACUGCAAUGAAAAAAAGUGCAGAAUGUAAUAAAAACAAGCGCAAGACAAUAGUAUGGGAGCGCCUGGAAAAACUUCCUUCAGCAAAGGCCUUUCAGCAGUGGUUAACAAAACAGGCGGCCGCAGGCAGGAAGUACCGCAAGAAGAGGUCAAGAAUUACUGGGCGGGGAUUUACGGAUUUCUACAGCUGUUCAGGCGUUGGAUGCCCAGUGCAGCUGGAGGUUUUGUUUAUUGACAGCUCAGAGGAUGUCAUCGUCUCAUACAAUGGGGAAACGCACAGCCAUGGCACAAAACCCCACUCUGGCUGGGGCCUGCCUGACAAGGUCAAAGAGGAGGUGCAGCGGCUGUUUCAGGCAGGCAUUACGAACGUCCCCGAGAUCGACUCCCGCCUUCAGAAGCUCGGCCACACUGAAUACACUGUGAAGCAGCUGAGUAGUUACACGAUUCGCCUGAGGCGCCUGUCCCGCGACCAGGAGGUCACCCAGGAGUACUCGCCGUUCAGCGUGUGGGCCGGCGGCGACCGGUCCUCCCAGGAGGAGUCUCGGGUGGCGGAGUCGGAGGACCGGGGGGACUUCUCGCCCUCGGCGGCCGACCACCAGGACGUCGAGUUGUCCGACUACUCGGCGCCACCCUCGCCGCCGCGCCGAUCAGCGACCCAGGGCGCCGGCACUCGCGGAUCCCGCCGACCACGGCCAGUCAUGGACGAGGGCACCGUUCGCCGCCUGGUGGACGCCAGUCUGGCGGCCCGCAGCCACUCGUACAGUCCGUACAGCCAGUUCCCGGUGGGUGCCGCGCUGCUCUGCGCCGACGGCCGCAUCGUCACCGGCUGCAACGUGGAGAACGCUUCGUUCGGGCUGACCAACUGCGCGGAGCGGACGGCCGUCUACAAGGCCGUGUCAGAGGGCCAGCGCCAGUUCUCCGCCGUCGCCAUCGCCGCCGAGAUGGGCGACAAGUUCGUCGGACCGUGCGGCGCCUGUAGACAGGUUCUCGCCGAGUUCAACGCCGAAAUGCCAGUGAUCCUGGCCAAACCCAACGGCGACAUCUCCCGCACCAACAUGAGGGACCUGCUGCCGAUGGCCUUCCUGCCGGAGGAGGUCACCUUCAAGAAGGACUGAGCCGAUGGCCUUCCUGCCGGAGGAGGUCACCUUCAAAAAGGACUGAGCCGAUGGCCUUCCUGCCGGAGGAGGUCACCUUCAAAAAGGACUGAGCCGAUGGCCUUCCUGCCGGAGGAGGUCACCUUCAAGAAGGACUGAGCCGAUGGCCUUCCUGCCGGAGGAGGUCACCUUCAAGAAGGACUGAGCCGAUGGCCUUCCUGCCGGAGGAGGUCACCUUCAAGAAGGACUGAGCCGAUGGCCUUCCUGCCGGAGGAGGUCACCUUCAAGAAGGACUGAGCCGAUGGCCUUCCUGCCGGAGGAGGUCACCUUCAAGAAGGACUGAGCCGAUGGCCUUCCUGCCGGAGGAGGUCACCUUCAAAAAGGACUGAGCCGAUGGCCUUCCUGCCGGAGGAGGUCACCUUCAAGAAGGACUGAGCGCCGCCCCAUCCAUUCGGGUACCAAUGUCUGUCGCCCCAGCUGGGAUGGAACUCUAUAUGAACUGAGUGUUUACGGUGGGGUUUUGGACCGCCGCAACAGCCAUCACUGCCGGGGAAUGGCCACUCGGUACACAGCCAUCAGCCGGCCGUGGUUGCUGACGGCGGCCACGUUUGUAGCAGAGGCAGUAGAAAUGUGUUGGAAUCUAGAUGCUGGGUUUGAGGGAGGGAGGGAGGGAGGGGAGGGGGGACACCGCCUGCCAGGGAUGACCUAUAACCAUUUAUUUGUAUUGACGUUUUUUUUUUUGUUCGCCGCGUUGUUUAGCAAUUACAGCUGAGCACGCCUUAGGCUCCGCCUAGACCGCUGAAUAUACCUGACCGCUUGUUUUUACAA